CGAUUAAGUUCUCAGAGAAUCCAGCGAUAUUUAAUGAAUCUGUAAACAUGACUUGUUCAUCACAUGGGCUUCCGGCACCAAGAUACGUGAUAUACUAUAACGAUAGUAUAGUCGUUGCAAGUAUGAUGACGUACACUAUAUCUCGAGUAAACUGGACUCAUGCAGGAACCUACAAAUGCGUUGCAAAUAAUGCUUUCAAAAAUGAUUCUGCUUCCGAAUUUUUAAAUGUAACAAAACCUACAAAAUCGUCAACAACAAUCAAGCCAUCGUUAACAACAAGAGCAGCAAUACCAAGCUCGAGCAUUCUAAACGGAAGAGGUAAUAACCAAGGUGGUGAUGAUGAUGAAGAUGGACAUUCAGAAGGUUUAGGCACUGGUGAAAUUGUGGGAAUAGCUGUUGGUGUGGUGGCGUUCUUAGUACUCGUUUGUUGCUUGAUUUUUUACUGUAAAUACAAAGAAAGAGACAAUAAAAGCGUGAAUCCAAACGGCUCAAAAGUGAUCACAAACCACUACGAACUGGAGGAAGAUCAGUUGGAAGGAGGUGGAAACACAUACGAUACGGCAAAACCACCCGAUAAGGGUGAAGGAUCGCAGAACAAUGCAGAACAGAAGCCGCCCGGAGACUCUCUCCCCCCCGUCUAUGCCUCUGUGAAUAAAGACAACAGACAAGGCAACACGUUGUAUGCAUCUCUGGACUCUGAGGCGCUGAAAAGACCAUCACAGAAGAAACCAACGGAAAACCAACCUAAAAAUGUACCAACUGAGUAUGCCAGCAUCGACUUCAUGAAGACCGCGAAGACACCAAAUGAUGACAGUGUUUCAACCUAAAUGUGGAUAGCGAAGAGAAAGAUGAUUUGAGUGAGAUGUUAAAUACGAAAUAGACCUUUAAUGAUUAUAGUCUAGUUUGAAGUUAUCGAUUACCGAUCACACUUUGAGUGCAUGAACAUAGAUUGUGUAGUUUUUGAUUAAAUAUUUUGUAGUUUUCCACGGUGGGGAGCCUCGCCGUUGUAUGCACGUUCCUGUAGUGAGCAUAUAUAUAUAUAUAUAGAGUAGGUUGUAAGACAAAAUAUUCAAGGGUAUAAAAUAUAAAAUAUAAAAAGGGUAUAUUAAUGGGUAUAAAAUAUACCCGUAGUUAAACUGCAGAAAAUAUAGAAAUCAUUUAUAAGUAGAAAGUCUUACAUUUCAUACCUUGUGUGAAAUUUUCAAUAAUGUUUUUGCAAAAUUGGCCAAGCCAACAGCUUUCAUUUUCAUAGUCACAAGAGACACUAAAGUAAACGUUUUUAAAUGCAUGCAAUCCUAAAUGUUUCACAAUAGACACUAAAAUGCAUGUCCUUAGAAUGAAAUUCCGCAGCAAAUAUCUUUUAAUAUAUAAAAUUUAUCUGUUUAAUAAGUCGUCCGUCGUUUAAAAACGGCGGGAAAUAACGAUAAGCAUAUCUUGUUUGGCACAUUUUUAGUAGGGGGAAGAAUGGUGCAUGAUAAUUGUUAACUAUAAUGUUUGUAGACGCUUUCCCAAAAUCUUGUCAAUUAAAAAAUUGGUUCAGAAAAAGGUUUGAUUGAUGACAUUGAUUCUCUAAUGGUGAAAUCAAUGGUGUUAUACCUGCAUGCAAUCUGAUUGGCCUCAUGCAGAGUUAUUUCCAAAUCCAAGAUUAUUCUGACCACAGAAUAUAAACACGCCUUGAUGCUUGCAAAUAUGCCAGUAAUAUUGCUCAAAAGAGUUUGGUAAAGUUUUGACUGAAAAUAAUGAAAAUGGUAUUGUAAUUAUACAUUUCCCUCGAUAUCACAUAAGUAUAUAAACACACGCAGUAGUCUGCUUUCUUAAAGAUCGUAGCAUUUUGGUAACAUGAAAAACAGAGUAUAUUUAUGAAUGUUUUUCUGUUAGGUUUAUAUAUGUGUGUAUAUUUGUAUAUAAUUUGUAUUGAAUAGCUAUAGUUUUGGUAUAAACGUAUAAUUAGAUAGAGUCAUAAUGUCACGCCAUAGGUUGUGAUGUGUGUAUACUUACUAACGUUUUUGCCUUUCCUUACUUCGACCAAUUUAUGUUCCCUGGUUCGCACGGGAUCCUCCAUGGUUCAUACUUGUCCUAUAAUGACUGGCUAACAUGCAUCAACUGUAACAGUUUCUAUGGUGGAGUAAAAAUUUUCCAUGAAAGCUAAAGCAGUGAGAGUUAUUAAACAUUAUCAGCAACGUGCUGCUUGAUAUAAUAGAUACAGUUUGUGAUUGCCGGCCCCUUGGUUUUUUGAAACACGGGAUAAAGUCAAUUUUUUAUCAUUGCUGAAAACUCUUGCUUGCGCCGUUGAAAGCAUGUUCAUUUUAACCAGAUUUGAAAACAUAUGGCGGAAAAUGUUAGUAAGUUAUCGAAUAUAUUUUAGAUUAAAGAAAUGCAUGCAAGAUAUAAUAAUGUAUAAUUAUAACGUAGAAAUUAAGUGCAUCAUAAUUUGCACAAUAUAGCUAUACACUAGAUAUA